CUUUCGAACGCUCGUACAAGAUGGAGGCUGCCCCGCAGUGACAGGGAGCCGGAUGAGGCGCAACCAGAACUCUUCCGACUCGCUCACUAAUGGCUCGCCCUCUCUGGACCCCGGCUCUUCGAGAGGGGGAGAGAGCGGGGGGCUCCUGCCAUUUGCAAGCAGCCUGACUGCCAUGCUGGGCGCCUCUUGGAGGAAACGGCCCGGGGGGAGGGCCAUGGCCGAGGGCCGGGGCACCAUCAAAGUGGAUCUUCCCAAUCAGCAGCGAACCGUGGUGACUAUCCGACCAGGUACGACCGUCUACAGCUCUCUGGACAAGGCCCUGAAGGUGCGUGGGCUAAACCAGGACUGCUGCGUUGUCUACAGGAAAGUUGGCGGCGGGCGGAAGACCAUUACGGACUGGGACACUGAUCUCGCCAAACUGGAAGGGGCUGAGCUCUCGGUGGAGGUUCUGGAAGACGUGCCGCUCACUAUGCACAAUUUUGUCCGCAAGACCUACUUCAACCUGGCCUUUUGCGACUUCUGCCACAAGUUCCUGUUUUACGGCUUCCGCUGCCAGACCUGUGGCUACAAGUUCCACGAACACUGCAGCAGCAAAGUCCCUACGGUCUGCGUCGGUCUGACUACUGCACAUAAGCCCGUUUACUGGUUUGACCCGUGGCCAGAUCCUUCGUUGUGGCAAGAUGGUGUCCCUAGUCAUGAACCCAUGACCCCUCAAGGUUCUAGCUUACACAAGCAGCCACUCCAUAGCCCAGACGCCUUCCCUUUCCCCAGUGUUCACGGCGACGGGCAGCGUCUACAGCGGCAUCGCUCCACUUCGACCCCCAACGUCCACAUGGUCAGCACUACCAGCCCCGUCGACAGCGCCCUGCUUGAGUUCAUCAGCAGAAGCCAAAACGCAGACGUUCCGGGUGGGCCAGAGCUGCUUCCUCGCACCCCGCCAGCCCCUGUCGUUCCCAGCGUGGCUGCUGUUUCUCCAGGCCGGCGCUCCCCACAUCAGAAGUCGCCCAGCGAGUCCCCAAGGGAAUGCAAAACUCCUCUUGAAGACAAGAAAAAAACUAAGCCAUUGGUCUAUCGGGACUCGAGUUAUUACUGGGAAGUGCCCUCCAACGAGGUGACCUUGCUGAAGCGCAUCGGUGCGGGCUCCUUCGGCACGGUCUACCGGGGCCGCUGGCACGGGGACGUCGCAAUCAAGAUCCUCAAGGUCACCAACCCGACAAGCGAGCAGGUGCAGGCCUUCAAGAACGAGAUGCAGGUGCUCAGGAAGACCCGUCACGUGAAUAUCCUUCUCUUCAUGGGGUUCAUGACGCGACCCACCUUUGCGAUCAUCACCCAGUGGUGCGAAGGCAGCAGCCUCUACCAACAUCUGCACGUGCAGGAGACGCCCCUCGAGAUGGUGCAGCGGAUCGACGUGGCCCGGCAAACGGCGCAGGGCAUGGAUUACCUUCAUGCUAAGAACAUAAUCCACCGAGAUCUCAAAUCCAACAACAUCUUCCUGCACGAGGGACUGACGGUGAAGAUUGGCGACUUCGGCCUGGCCACAGUGAAGACUCGUUGGAGCGGCUCGCAGCAAGUGGAACAGCCCAGUGGCUCCAUACUCUGGAUGGCAUCGGAAGUGAUUCGAAUGCAGGACCCCAACCCUUACAGCUUCCAGUCCGACGUCUACUCAUACGGAGUCGUUCUGUAUGAGCUGAUCACCGGGACCCUUCCCUACAGUCACAUCAACAACCGAGACCAGAUCAUCUUCAUGGUUGGCCGGGGGUACUUGUCUCCUGACCUCAGCAAGGUGCCCAGCAAUUGCCCCAAAGCCAUGCGCAGGCUGAUGUGUGAUUGCCUUAAGUUCAAGCGCGAAGAGAGACCCCUCUUUCACAAGAUCUUAGCCACCAUCGAGUCGCUCCAACACUCUCUGCCCAAGCUCGAGCGCAGCGCCUCCGAACCCACACUUCACCGAGUCGCCCACAACGAAGAACUGACCCACUUCGGCCUGCCCUCUGCCCUGCGGUUCCGCAGCUAACGGGGCG